AUGAUAUUCCCAGGUGAACACGAAAAACAUGAAAGUAUUUGGAUGGCUUUAGGACCAACAAGCCGUGAAAAUAAUUAUGAAUAUACAUUCAAGAAAUGCGAAGAGGAUCCUCUCCGAUAUAGUCCUUUCCAUCAAGUUCAACUACCCAUGAUGGAGGCCCUUCUCUCUGGAAACAAUCCAGAAGAUCUUCUUUUGAGAGAAGACUCCAAGAAUUCAUCGUACGACAAGUUUUACAUUGACUUGAUCAUUCAUGAAGAACAAGAUCAAGACUAUGUGAAAAAUUGUCUCAAAAAAAGAAACAACAUUAAUCCUACCUUAAUUGAAGAGAAUAUUCGAUUUCAUGUGAUUGAACAUUUGGACAUGUGGAUGAGAGACAAUGGUCCGAUCUUUGUUGUGAUUCGAGAACAAGGAACUCGAGCCAUUGUGGAUUUUGGUUUUACUUUGUGGUCGUACUGCAAGCAACACGACGAAGAGGCCGUCAUUGAAGAAGCAGUCGAUCGAAAAGUGGCUCACCUUCUCAAUCUUCCCGUCAUUCGUUCACAUCUCAUCAGUGAAGGUGGAAAUCGAGAAUUUAAUGGACGUGGCAUUCUCAUGAUGGUCGAACAUGUCGAAAUGCAACGCAAUAAGAACAAUCAUGUGAAGGACAGACAAGACAUUGAACGAGAAAUGAAACGAGUCUUUGGAGAGAGUGCUCGUAGCAUUGUGUGGCUGGAGACUGAAGGACUCGUGGAGGAUACUCAUGCCUAUCGAGGUUUCCUUCCAAAUCAUUUGAAUGAACAUCAUGAUCGUUUGUUGCCUUCCAUGGGUACUGGUGGCCAUAUUGAUGAGUGGUGUCGAUUUGCCAAUGAAAAUACCAUUCUUUUGGCUCAAGUUCCUGAAGACUCUCAAGACAGCCUCUCUAUGGAAAAUCGAAAAAGAUUGGAACAGAAUUAUGUCUUGUUGAAACAACAUCCCGAGUUGAGUGAUGUGAAAAUUUUGAGAGUUCCUGUGGCACCUCAUAUCAUUCAUUCGAUUUCUGAAGGAGAUGGUGUCUUUGAAACUCUUAAAUUACUCGACUUUGAAGAUGGCUUGGAUUUGAAAAAGGAAACCACUCCUCUUCAAAUGAUCAUUGCUUCGAGUUAUUUGAAUUUUCUGGUGAGCAAUCGAGUGGUAUUGAUUUCCAAAUAUUAUCGUGAAGGUCUUCCUGAGAGUGUGAAACAACUCGAUGAACAAGUAUUACAACUAUUUAAAGAGGUGUAUCCAGAUCGAAACAUUGUGCAAAUUGCAACAGAGGUGUUGAAUAUGGGUGGUGGAGGAAUGCAUUGUAUUACUCAACAAAUGCCAGCUCUCUAA